UCAACAAAAUUAAUGAGAGAAUCCACAGUUUUUUGUUUUCCGCUGUUGCAGCUGCACCGUAGCACACGUUCUGCCGAGCCCGAAACGAGAGUUUGCUGAAGGGCGGCAAUUUUCCACCCGUUAUUAUUGUGUCCUAACGCUUGAGAGAAUAUUUUGUAUUUUUUUCCUAAUUAUCCGGAAGCUAUCUCUCACCUUGACACCCGCCAAUACAAACGAAUAAACCAAUUGGCAGCUGAGGUGAUUCGAGCAGUAUAGAAGUUCCUGGAAAUUUGUUAAACUCUAAUGCACAGACAGCUAGGCGAAGAAAAAUUUCCAAGAGCUGGAAAAAUGUUCGCAAGUUUACUGCUGCUGCUACUGAUCGGAGCAAUCAGUUGUGAUGAGCCCAGACGAGAUGCUGAUUAUCCGCCACCGGAUUUUCUGGUAAAAAUGAAGCCCAUGCACGACGAAUGUGUCACUGAAACUGGUGUCUCCGAAGAUGCCAUCAAGCGCUUUAGCGAUCAAGAAGUGCACGAGGACGACGCACUCAAAUGCUACAUGAACUGUCUGUUCCACAAAGCCGGUGUGGUUGAUGACAAGGGCGAAUUUCACUACGUGAAAAUUCAGGACUUCUUACCCGAGUCAAUGCAUCUGAUAACGCUCAACUGGUUCAAGAGGUGCCUGUACCCCGAAGGGGAGAAUCUUUGCGAGAAAGCGUUCUGGCUGAACAAAUGCUGGAAGCAGCGUGAUCCGGUACACUAUUUUUUGCCUUGAGCAGCUGGGAAGACGAGAAAGUUGUUUUUUUUGCCAAAUAAUUUCUUUUCAAAUUUUAUGGCGAUAUUGUUUGACUCCGAUUAAGCAGAUCAAAAUGGUGAGAAAAAAAAUGUUUUUGGGUUUUGGAUGAAAGAAAUGAUAACAUUCUUAGAUUCAAACGUAAGACUGGCGAUUUUUUGGUACACGUGGCCCCACAAUACCGCGCGCCCCGUCCUGUCCUAAACUGCUCAACAAAUGAUGUGCGGAAUAAAUUUUCUUUUUUUCGGUUUUAUCACGCCUCAAAGA